AUGCCCCCGGUAGCUUCGGACGACUUUUUCCGCCAGCAAACCCAGGGCUUCAGUGAUCCCAGCCCCGUUACCGACGAUUUGCAACGAGCAACUCCAGAGAAUGAGCUUGGUGGAAAAAGCAAGAAAAAAGGGAAAAACGGGGCUAAGGCGAAAACAAAGGCCGCCAAAGCCGCCCCAAAGCCGCCUCCCGACGACUUGAUAGAGGCGUCCUCUCCGUCACCGCCGGAACCGUCUUCGUGUCCAGAUCCUCCCCUGGAGACUCAAGCCACCAAUAACAUAAGGUCGCCGGUGUUGGACGCGUUUGACGCCUUUGAGGAGACGCCUGAGAAUGAUAUUGCCUACCGAACGGAUAGUUGGGCAAAAGCCAUUCCUUUCGGGAAGAGCCCUCCCACGGACGUUAUUGACGGCGAACUAGCCAGUGGCUCUCCUGGAGGGUUCCUUCUCCAUCCCGACAAAGGUGGCUUCAGCAAUCCUUCCUCUGCAUCUCCUGGGACAAGGCCUCUGAGUUAUGGGACUGGUUAUAUAUCGUCCCGACAGGCAUCUGCGGACAGGCGUAAGAGCCACUCCGUCAGUAGCCCUUUCAAUAACCAGAUCCCCUUACCCCACUUGCCCCAGGCUCAUUUCUACGGUGCACCGGAGAUUGAUCUUCCCUUAUUUUCAGGCCAGAAUCGACCGCCAGCAGAGGCGUGUUAUUCGUUCUGUGCCUUCGAUAGAAUCUCCAGUCCGUCAUCCAAGACUUCGAGAAUGAGUAGCAAUGUGCUACUUGUCGGUGGUGACGGCUUCCUGGAGAUUCUAGCCAUCGAGAGUCGCACGACUCGUUCAGUAGGGAAAUUGGCGGGCCUGAAUGGUCGGGUGAUCGAAGCAAAAAUGCUGGUUAGCAGCUUCACGGAUGACUCGUUGGCACCGUCACGACCCCAUGUUGCCGUCACUAUCCACGGACCUUCUAGCUUAUCCGAUGAUGAAGGUCCUGCAUCCUCUACCGGCUCGGAAACAAACGAGAACCCCUCUAUCGCUGUUGGGCGGCAGCUCCCCGCUGAAUUGCGGCCAAGCAAAGACGAGGCAAGAUAUUAUCAAACUCGAGUUGAGGUGUACUCCUUGAGAAAUGGAGACCAUGUUGCUACUCUUUUCGCAGCCCAGCCGUCACCGUGCUUUGAAAACAUUCCUGGGCUCCCGGUAUUUGCGCCAGCGCCCGCCGGUAAUUUGAAACUUUUUGCCAGCGGACAUCACGUCAUCGUGGCUUCUGGCGUCAGUGGCGAGGUUUUCAUCUAUAGCAUGAACGGUUAUCGAUGUUUGGGGAAGACCUGGACCAGUAUCCAGUCCAAGGAGGCCCGGCGCUACUCCGCUUCGUCAACUUCGACGGACGCGGAUGGAUCGCGGAAUGACUCUCCUCAUGGGUUUGUUAACAAUGAUCACCCUGUCAUCGACCUGAAAGGGAGAUGGUUAGCCCUUGUUCCGCCAUCCUCGGCCUAUAGGGGAUCAAUCCGAGGGACGGUACCUGCUUCCCUCCUCCGUGGGAAAACGUUUGGUCUCGAAACUCGCAGCCCACCAUCAAGACCGGCAGUCUCUACUGCCACCGACGUUGGCGAGGGUGAGAGUUUCUUUGAUAAAAUGGCCCGCGGCGUUACACAAGAACUCGUGCGGGGCGCGCGAUGGAUGGGUGAUCAAGGUCUCCAAGCCUGGAAUAGCUACUGGAACAAAGACCAGGCCCCAAACCCAGCCCCGCGCCGCUCUCCUAAUAUGAUGGACUUUCCCCAGCAAGGAUACAGUCCUUUCCCGCCCACUCAUGCUCAGGAUACCCAAACUGCUGCAGCGACCGAGCCUGACUUGGUCUCGAUCAUGGAUCUGAAGAGGCUGGACGAGAGUGGCGAGACCAAGAACACCUCGCACACCCCGGUGGCCACAUUCCAAGUCCCGAAUGGCUGCAGCUUCCUCUCAUUCUCGCCAAACGGAUUGAUGCUGCUUACGGCCAGUAAAAAGGGCGAUGUUCAGUACGUCUGGGAUCUGAUGCAAGGAAAGCACUGUCGAGCAGGGGCGUUCCUAACCGAUGAUUCGGUGACUCCCAGUGCCAAUGUGCGCCAGAUCGCUCGAUUUGCGCGGUUGACCACCUCGUACAUCGUCGAUGUGAUCUGGUGUCCCCCAUCUGGGGACCGGCUGGCGAUCAUCACCCGCAAGGGGACUGUGCACGUGUUCGACCUGCCACGCAGUGCAUUUCAGUGGCCUCCGUUCCGGCGAGCUCGACCACCGCCCAGCAAAUCCCCCGCUGCGGAUCAGCCGGCAGACGAGUUAUCGGACCGGGCAAGCAGUGCCAAUCCUCUCUCAGCGGCAUUCAAACUCGUGGGCGGCAAGACCCAGCCCAUUCUCGCGGCGGUCAGGGGCCGCACUCCGUCGGCGGGCGCCGCUUUCCCAGCCGUAAGUGGAUUUGGCAUCCCUUCUGCUGCCGGUGUUCGGGGCGGGAAGGUUGUCGCCGCCGGACUUAGUAAAUCGGUGGGAGCGGCGACCGGGACGGUCAACACGCUUCGACAUGCCGGUGAAAAUCGCCUUCAUCUGUCGGGCCUGGCCCGCGAUCCUGCUGCCUCCCGGGUCAUCUGGGUGUCCCACAAAGGCCAGCCGUUCCUGGGCCUGGUGAACAGUGGCUCUUUCCGACUGUACCGAGUGCGGCGGUCUCUGUCUACCAACAAGAACCGGCAACUUCAGUCUGUCAUAGGGCCCAAGGAAAUCGAGAUUCGAUUGCCAACUAACCUGCAAACCCCCUGUAGCGCCAUGCCUGUUGGCACGGCCAAUGCCGAUAUGACGAUCCACGCGUCGUGGGCCUUGCCGUCGUCGACUCCACGGCCAGGUGCUGUUGCGUCCAAACUCAAGUGCCAGCCACUCUCCCAGGCGGAGAUCGAGACCAACGCACCGUACCAACCCUUUCACACUGAUCAGCGGGUGAACCUCUUUGUCUACUCGGAAACGAGCGAUGCCGACGAGGCGCAGACGUCGAUUCCCACGGGACAGUGGGUCUUUGGGGACAGCAUGCCGAUGUCCAAGCUCCAUGUGCGUCCGUUUAGCGCGGGUGGGGAUGACGAAGGCGACCACGACGAGGUUCUGCAUGGCCAGCACGCCGGGUUCGGCGGAGAAAUGGAGAAUCUGAUCAGUCUCGGCAAUAGUACGGGCCACGUCGAGGAGGUGGUCAUCACGACACGUCGCAAGAAGAAGAAUUCGUCUCCGUUCCCUUCGGCUGGUUCUGGUGGCGACGACGGAUUUUUCGAAGAUGACUGCGAAGUGUUGGAUUUUGCACAAGAUCGAGUUUAA